AGUUGGAAAGGCUCCUGGGUAAGUUUGGACAGGACAUGCAAAUAAUAGAAGAUUCCGUGCUAAUUGGAUGCUCCGAACAGCAAGAAGCAUGGUUUGCUCUGGAUCUAAGUCUAAAUAGCUCCUCUUCCAUAAAUGGUACACAACAUUACUCCUAAUGGGUACUUCCCAGUGGUUCUUAGACUUUGGGAUUCCACAUAAUAGUAAAAUUUCAAUGACAUUUUAAGAAUACGAAACAAUUUCAAUUUUUCUUAAGUUAGGACAUUAAAAAAUACUACCAUCUACUAGCAUCAUUGUUUAAAGGACAUUUCAGUGCUUUCUUUCUCAGCUAGGUGGUGGUACACGGAUGUUUAUAGUAUUAGUCUCUGUACCUUUAUACAUUUUAUAUGUCUUAAAUACUUCAUUAGAAAUGUUUUAAAAUUCAUGACAUUUUUAUUUCUCUUAUCAAUGCAGGUGAAUAAACGUUACCUUGGAGUAGCUCUGGGUCUUCAGACCUGCAUUUGAGAACUGGUUUGCUAGAGGCUCAUGGCUCCUAUCAGGGAUAGUGUGUGGCUAGUGCAAAUGUUCUUAUUGCCCUGAAGAGGAUCUUGGGAAACACUAUGCUCUAAUGUUUCCUAAAUUUGCCUGAAUAUAAGAACCUCCUGGUGCUUGCUAAAAAAUAAAGAUUUCUGGGCCUCACUCACCUGCUAUUCAGAAUCUCCAGGUAGGGGCUUGAGAACUUGUAUAUUUUUUUAUUCUCCCUAGUUUAGUCUUAUUAGGUGAGUUUGGGAAACACUGUUCUAACAGGAUAUACUUGACAGGGUCCCUGAGGUAAAGUUUGACAUUUGCUUCAUUUCGUUAUCUUUUCUAAUUUUUUAGCUCCCUUACAGAAAUCUGAAAUGGAGACUGAACUCAAGGGGUCUUUCAUUGGGCUGAGGAAGGCUCUCUUUCAGCUGAAUGUGAAGGAUGCUUCCUUGCUAAUCACAGCUCGGGCUCUUCUCGGCUGGCAUGAUGCUCAUCAGUUCUGCAGCAGAAGUGGGCAGCCCACCAAGAAGAAUCUGGCUGGCAGCAAGCGUGUGUGCCCUUCCAAUAAGAUCAUCUAUUAUCCACAGAUGACUCCUGCGGUGAUCACUCUGGUGUCAGAUGGGACUCGAUGCCUGCUUGCCCGCCAGAGUUCCUUUCCCAAAGGAAUGUAUUCUGCCUUGUCAGGUUUUUGUGAUAUAGGUGAAAGUCUGGAAGAGGCCGUCCGGCGAGAAGUUGCAGAAGAGGUGGGAUUGGAGGUGGAAAGACUGCAUUACUCUGCAUCCCAGCACUGGCCCUUUCCUAAUAGCACACUCAUGAUUGCCUGUCAUGCAACUGUGAAACCAGGGCAGACAGAGAUCCAGGUGAACUUGGGAGAACUAGAAGCAGCUGCCUGGUACAGUCAUGAUGAGGUGGCCACAGCCCUGAGGAGAAACAACCCAUAUAAUCAGCAACAGAAUGGGGCUUUCCCGUUCUGGUUGCCCCCCAAGUUAGCCAUUGCCCACCAACUGAUAAAGGAGUGGGUGGAAAAUCCGACCUGUUCUACUGGGACUGCUUAGCUCAGAUCAGGCCACCUGAUCAGAUAAAUCCCUCCUCACUAUCUCAGUGGGGCCCAUCAGAGACCAAUGAUAAAGAGGUGGUGACAAAAGGCCAUCUCCAGGCCAAACUCAUAAUAAGGCAGAGCAGAUGGUGAGCCUAUAGCAAGAUACAUCUGCCAGCAGUGUUAAUAAAAGAAGUUCCUAAUCAUAGGCAAUCAAAACUGCCAAAACUGAUGAGAUGAGAGUUGUCAAAAUCAGAGGAAAAGUUGAAACAUUAGUUUGGACAUAGGCCCUUGUUCACUCAUUUUCUCCUAUACUUUGGAAUCAAACAUCUUUUGGCAUGUGACUUGUCAAUGAUGGGUUUAUACUAACUGCCAAAAUAUGCCUGGUAUAAUUUUGGUUACAACUUUUAUCUUAGUAUUGAAAAUAUAUAGCAGAUCUCAACCCACUACUGCGUUUUUAUCCUCGUAGAACUUUUAAAGAUAGCACAACAUUUUUGAAUUUGUGUAGAGGUCAUUAUUUUGUACAUGGUAGUUAAAUAAAUAUUCCUUUAAGUCCUUCAUCUCAGGAAAGUGAGCGUUAAGGUCUUCCUCAGGGUACUCUCUAGUAAAUCAGAUGCAAUG